UCGUGGUGACGUAACCCUUGCACCGUGGCCAUUGGGCCGGGGGCGGGCCGUAGGGCUGGCAGGCCUGCUGGGGGUGGGGCCGCCUCCAGGGUCCGGCUCCAGGGUCCGGUUCCCGGGUCCAGCACCCGACCUCCGCGGCCAUCGCAUCCUGCGCGGUUCCCUCCCCUCACUGGCUGCCGCCCUCCCGGGCUGAGUGGAGCUGGGUGCUGUCGGCAGCCUCGCCCAGAAGGGCACUGCGGCUUCAGGGGCUGGGCCUCCAGAGCAGGACAAUGUCAGGCUCCACAACAGCUCUCUGAGUCCGAGGCCGCGGCCGUGGCGCUGUGAGGCGGCAGGGCCAGCCAGGUCUGCUCAUGGUGCCACCACGAAGCCAUCGUGGGGCAGGAAGGCCAGGUUCGUUGAGUUCUUCACCUCCGUUUAGACACAGAUCUGCCAAGUUUUCAGGCAUUACCCUUGAAGAUCUCAGAAAGGCCUUUAAAACAAGACUGCAAAUGGUGUGUGUAUUUAUCAUGAACCGAAUGAACUCUCAGAGCAAUGGUUUCACUCAGCGCAGGCGAAUGGCUCUUGGGAUUGUGAUUCUCCUACUUGUUGAUGUGAUAUGGGUCGCAUCCUCAGAACUUACUUCGUAUGUUUUUACUCAGUACAACAAACCAUUCUUCAGCACCUUUGCAAAAACAUCUAUGUUUGUUUUGUACCUUUUGGGCUUUAUUAUUUGGAAGCCAUGGAGACAACAGUGUACAAGAGGAUUUCGAGGAAAGCAUCCUGCUUUUUUUGCAGAUGCUGAAGGUUAUUUUGCUGCUUGCACAACAGAUACAACUAUGAAUAGUUCUUUGAGUGAACCUCUGUAUGUUCCUGUGAAAUUUCAUGAUCUGCCCUGUGAAAAACCUGAGAACACAAGCAUUGAUACUGAAAAAACUCCCAAAAAGUCUCGUGUAAGGUUCAGUAAUAUCAUGGAGAUUCGACAGCUUCCAUCAAGCCACGCAUUGGAGGCUAAGUUGUCUCGCAUGUCUUAUCCUACUGUGAAAGAACAAGAAUCCUUACUCAAAACUGUGGGGAAACUUACUGCAACUCAAGUAGCAAAAAUUAGCUUUUUUUUCUGCUUUGUGUGGUUUUUGGCAAAUUUGUCAUAUCAAGAAGCACUUUCAGACACACAAGUUGCUAUUGUUAAUAUUCUGUCCUCAACUUCUGGACUUUUUACCUUAAUCCUUGCUGCAGUGUUUCCAAGUAACAGUGGAGAUAGAUUUACUCUUUCUAAACUAUUGGCUGUAAUUUUAAGUAUUGGAGGUGUCGUGCUAGUAAACCUGUCAGGAUCUGAAAAAUCUGCUGAAAGAAAUACAAUAGGUUCCAUUUGGUCUCUUGUUGGAGCCAUGCUCUAUGCUGUCUAUAUUGUCAUGAUUAAGAGAAAAGUAGACAGAGAAGAUAAGUUGGAUAUUCCGAUGUUCUUUGGUUUUGUAGGUCUAUUUAAUCUGCUGCUCUUAUGGCCAGGUUUCUUUUUACUUCAUUAUACUGGAUUUGAGGACUUUGAAUUUCCCAAUAAAGUAGUAUUAAUGUGCAUUAUCAUUAAUGGCCUUAUUGGAACAGUUCUCUCAGAGUUCCUGUGGUUGUGGGGCUGCUUUCUUACCUCAUCAUUGAUUGGCACCCUUGCACUAAGCCUUACAAUACCUCUGUCCAUAAUAGCUGACAUGUGUAUGCAAAAGGUGCAGUUUUCCUGGUUAUUUUUUGCAGGCGCUGUCCCUGUAUUUUUUUCAUUUUUUAUUGUAACUCUCCUAUGCCAUUAUAAUAAUUGGGAUCCUGUGAUGGUGGGAAUCAGAAGAAUUUUUGCCUUUAUAUGCAGAAAACAUCGAAUUCAGAGGGUUCCAGAGGACAGUGAACAGUGUGAGAGUCUUAUUCCUAUGCACGGUGUUUCUCAGGAGGAUGGCGUGAGUUAGCUGUUGUCAGUAGUCCAGCUUGACAAUGGAACAUUGUAUAGCGAAGAGACAAUCUCUGGCAAGUUUUUGGAGAAAAAUGUUUCAGUGCCUAGUCUGAAAAUUAACAGUUUCAGUUCUUUGGAACUCUAAAAUAUAUUUUCCUCAUAUCGGUUUUCUUCAUUUUCAUAAUGAAGUACUUUGCUAUGUAGCUGUGUGUUUAUCACUAUAUAGGAAGUUUCAGUCCAUAGUCCAUCUAAAGGACCAAUCUGCCUUACACCUCUCAAGGAAUUCAGCUAAUGAAAUAAUUUGAGGUAAUCAAGGGAUAAAAUCCUAAAUGUUUUGGAGACUAUCCUUACACAUUAUUUGUUAAAUGCUGGACUAUAUUAUGAAAAUGUUUUCAAGAAAUCAUUUAGUAUGUAGAUCAGUGCAUCUUACAGGUAAAAUUCUAAAUUAAGCUGCCUGUAAUGGGUACAGAUUUUAUUUUUCAGUUCAGUAGAAUAUUGCAAAUUAACACAAAAAAAUCUUUAAUUUAUGUAAAAGUAUGUUCAUGCAAAUUUGGUUGGACUUCAGAAACAAUAUUUAAGAAAAAAUGUGGUUCACUUACACUACAUAUACUGUAUUAUCCUUUCAUAGCAUUAGGUGCCUUGUAUUUUAAAUCUGUGACAAACCAUGACAAAUUUUUAAAGGGGAAAUAUUGCAAAAUGAAGAAUCAUGUAUUUCUAAAGGCUGUAUUGCUGUAAAUUUAAUUGAUAAAGCUCUGCUUAAUUUAGAGUUUUGAAGAAAUAUUCUCUCUUCAGUUAAGACAUUUUCAUAAUGGAAUGAAUUAAAUUGAAGCGAUAAAGAGUAAUUAUUAAAAUAAAAUGUUUAUAUA